UUCGGUUUACAGUUCCCAACCACCAGAAGAAUUAUUGGUUUUAAGCGGGGUAGCCGCUAGUAAUUUUUUCUCUCGUCAAACUAAUUUAAUUUUAACUACUCAGCAGGUGCUUACCCGAGUUAUUUCCCUUAUCGUGGAAACAUACCAAGGAGAUUUGGACUCCGGAACCUUUUUCUCUUAUCAGAAAACAGAAAAAAAGGAACCAACCGUGGCUAUUAAAGGAAUUUAUUACAUUAACUCGCCCUUAUCACGACCGGAUAUCACCAGUUCAGAGGACUUGUUAGAAGAAUUAUUACGGAUUUAUGAUUAUAACAAGUUAGUUAGUUCGCUACCCACUAACUUUCCAACUGCUACUGCUAAUGGAAAAAAAAAGUAUGACGAAAAACAAAAAAUGAUUCUCAAAACUUACCUAACUAACCAGGGGUGGCAAGAGAUUAUCACUUAUUCAUUAAUUUCGUCGGAAAUGAAGCACGAUUUUAAUUAUGCAGUUG